GAAACUGGACGCGCAGCGCAACUCUGGCUGAUGCGGAGCGGUCCAGACCCUGGUCCGCACCUGUGGGCGCGUCUCGAUUGGAGUUUGGCACCUAUAAAAAAUGUUUUAAUUGUUUUUUCUUUAAUCGACUAUCUAUAUGCAUUUAUUGAUAAGACGGACGUGGUUCUCUAAACUCCUGUUGCUUCAUAAAUAUGCGCCUCUGGAAUCUGCAUAUUAGACCUACAGGGUAUAUGUGAAAACACAGCAUGCAUUCAGUCCAGGAAGGGGUGUGGGACCCUCAGCCCCCAUCUAAGCAUGCCUCUCCCCAUCCCCCACCUUACUCCUCCAACUCACGACUCACCCAUGUGACCAGAGCUGCCCCGGCCAAGCGGAUCACCUUCUACAAAAGCGGCGACAGCCAGUUUGGGGGUGUUAGGAUGGCCAUCCACAAACGUAGCUUCAAAUGCUUUGAUGCGCUGCUGGAUGACCUUUCCCAAAAGGUGCCCCUGCCGUUUGGUGUGCGGACGGUGACCACCCCCCGUGGAACACACACCAUCAAACAGCUGGAGCAGCUCCAAGACGGAGGCUGCUACCUCUGCUCUGACAGGCGCCAGGCUAAGCCAAUCAACAUGGAUCUAGCCACCAAACGGCCCAGCAUCUGGUACUACCAUAGCCGGAGGCCCCAGAGGCCCGAUGCUUCAUCUGCUACACCACCAGGCUAUUUAUCACAUAGGCACCGGCGGAUCCUGCUUGUAAAGAACGGUGAGCCAAGCAUAAGGAAGAGCAUAGUGCUGAGCAGGAGAUCAACCAGAAGUCUAAGAGCAUUUCUGGAGGAGGCGUCGGAGGUAAUGCAGUUUCAUGUCCGCAAGCUGUACACUGUGGAAGGACGUAAGAUCGACAGUGUGCAGAGCCUGAUGACAUGUCCGGGUGUGUUGGUGUGUGUUGGACGGGAAGCCUUUAGUCCAGUGUUGGUAAAUUUCAUUAGGAAGAGUUCAGAGGAGAAACUUCCCGGUCUGAGCAGUAAAUCUCCUGGACUUGGCCCCAGGACUCCUGGAAAUGGGGCCAGAUCUCCUGCUACUCAAGGAACAAGAUCACCACCUCAUGGAGCUCAAUCCAGAGCCAGCGAGUACAGCGAAGGUCAUGAGAGUAAGAAAAACGUUAAUUUUGGCCUUGAAACCAAAAAGAGCAUCAUUCACCCUCGUUCUGACUCUUCAAACCGCUCGGCCCGCUUCUCCCUGUCUUCAGAGAAAUCAUAUGGAAAUGGCAUCAGUGCCCUGUCUCAAGCCAAAACAGCAAUUAUGAAUGAUGACAUUGAAAAACGUGUGCUGGUCAAUAAAGACGGCAGCCUAUCACUGGAGAUGAGGGUGCGUUUUCACCUCCAAAAUGACGAGACCCUGCAGUGGUCCACUCAGAUUAAAAAAUCGCCUCCUUUACCCAAUGACUGUUGCCCCCUGAGCCAGGACCAUCCUCAUUUCCUGCAGCAGGGCCAAUCAGAAAGCUGCUCAGACCCUGACUCAGCGUCCUUUGAUCCAGAGGGUGUGGGUUUCUCCAGCCAGACUCUGCAGUGUGCACUUGAAGGAAAUCAUUGCCCCUGCUGUUACCAGAGACAGGUGCAGCAGUAUGACUUAUGGGAAAACCCAGCACACAGCCAUAAACAGCCUGUCCCCCCUCCACAUGGAUCCAGCCAAACCCACACUAUAAUGAGACAUUCACACUCCUCUAGUUCCUCUUCAUCGUGUAAUUCCAGGAGGGUGGUGCGUUGCAGAGCAAAGCUCACCAACUGUGGAGAAGUUUCAGGUUCAGAACAGAGCCAGCUGGUUCAGGAGGAAAUGUGUGUCACAGAGCAAGUUGAACACAGAGUGGAGGUAGAGCAGGAUGGAGACACUCACAUAGAGGUCUGUAAGGUGAGCAGGUGCUGCAGCCGGAGUGAAGUGAUCACUGUGGAUAACACCUCACGACCUCAGAGUGGAAAGUCAUGUGAGGAUGAGGUCAUGGGGGAAGAAGAGGAGGGGCGGCCCAUGUCGGCAGUCAGUAGUUCUUCACGUAUCCUGCAAACUCUAAAAGAGGACCAAGACGAUGAGGAGGAUGACCUGCCACCAAGUGCUUCACAAUGUUGUCAAAGAAAUGAACCAUCACCAACCCCAACUUCCCAGAGUCAUGUGAAUGACAAGCCAACAAGUAAUGUCUCAGCAGGGUCCAUCCACUCAACCGAACACAAUAAGCUGGAUAUUAAGAGUGAAAGUAGAGCUGAAUCUGCUUGUCAAGGUGGAGCAGCUACCCCACGAUCAACAGCUGGAGCAGGUACGAUGAAUCGGGCUUCCAGCGCUCAGUCCAAAAUAAGCAGAGCCUCACACAAAUCUACCAAAGCAGAUGAUGAGACUGAAGACGUAAAGAGGGUUGUUAGCGGCUUAUCUGGACGCUCUGGAAUUUCAGCAGGGACAAGUGUAUGCCCUAAUUGUGGAGGUUGCAAACGUGUAGUCUCCCGUAAUUCCAACAGUAGAGCAUCACAGAGGUCCCAUCACUCCAGUCGACUCUUGCCAAAGCCCGGCGCCACUCUUCUCAAUCAAGAAAACACCAAAGAAGGCAGUGACAAUGAUGGUUCAGAUGCAUCUGAUCAGUCAACACAAUCCAACAAGUCAAAUGUCACUAACCAUGGGCGCAUCUCUGCAAUAUCAAAUGGAAUAGAGGGCAGAGCUUCUAGUGCCAGAUCUACUCCUGAGCCAGUGGGGCAGGAGGAAGAAAGAACUCCAAGUGCUGCCUCAGCCAAAAGCCACAGGUCCAGCAGAUCUCAUAAGUCUGGCUGUAAGGGUACUACUUGUGUAACCGCUGAAAAUGUGGAUAACAGAAGCCAGAGCGCCAUGUCAGCUCAGUCCAACCUGUCAACCAAGACUAAAAAAUCAAACUACAGUGCCACAGCUAAUACUCCUGAUAUUAAAAAACGGGAGGAAGCAGACGGGGAGAAUGUUUUGGAGAGAGCAGUCAGCUCCUUGUCAGUCAAAUCUGGUGCUUCAGUCAAAUCUCACAAGUCCAACAACAGUGCAGGGGUUGAAGAGGAUGAAACAAAUGGAAGGGCAUCAAGUGUCCUCUCUGUUAAAUCUAAUGCAUCUGCCAAGGAAGAAAGACCUGCUAGUGCUCUGUCUGCCAAAUCAGUGAAAUCAACCAAAUCAGAGGUUUCAGCGCAGUCCAAAACAUCUCACAAGUCCUCUUGUAGCAAUUGUGCCAGAGCAGCAUCACCAGGUAUUGAGGCUGCAGCUGAAAUUGUAGUAGGAAAGGAGGAGGGACCAGAAGCACAGGAUAGGACAGCAAGUGCCAUGUCAGUUAAGUCCAAUAUAUCUGCCCAGUCUAAUAAAUCCCUUAAGUCCAACAAAGCUGCGGAAAGGACACUUUCCCCCAGGUCGGAUACCAGAGGAGAUGCAGAAGACAGGGCAGCAAGUCAAAUGUCUGCCAAGUCGGUUAAAUCUAUUAAGUCUACCAAGUCAAACUGUAAUGGCAACACCGAGGCAAGUUCUGACAUGGGAGACAAUAGUGAAGAAGCUCACAUCAGGGCUGGCAGUGCUUUGUCUGUUCAGUCUAACCAGACAAAAAAGAGUUCAAGAGUGGCUUCUCCAGCAAAAGGCAAAUCUGACCGUAGCAGAACCUCUAGUGCUAUGUCAGGGACAUCACACACUUCUGCCAAGUCCACCAAACCCCAGAAAACAAACCACACUCCAGCAGCAACUUCAAUUUCAACUGAGGCUGGUGAACCUUCAGUAGAGGUGAAUGGAAAUGAAGAGGAAAAUAAUGAGCGGGUGGCCAGUGCCAUGUCUGUAACAUCCAAAUCAUCAAAUAAAUCAACAAAUGUUGUGACCAUUAAAACACUAAAUGGGGGUGAUGAAGGAAAUGAGACAACAGAGAGACCACAGAGUGCUGUAUCAGCCAAAUCAGAAAAAUCCAUUUCAUCAGCUUCCAACCUUAAUGGAACAACUGAAGCUGCUGAAAACGUGGUGGAAGAUAAUGUACCUAAAAGCAGAGCUUCUAACCAAACACUUUCCCCCAGGCGGGCUCGUUCACCCAAAUCACCAGGUCCUCCUGGCAGUUCUCAGUCCCAACAGCUGUCACCUGGUACUGGAGAAACAAGAGGGUCCAGCGUUUUGUCAGUUCAUUCAACAGCCUCUGCCAAAUCUGCUAAAUCAAGCAGGUCUAAGUGUCACUGUGGAGCAGGUUCAGGACUUGAUAAAGUGAAGAAGGAAAGCAUGGAAGAGGCAGUGUCUGAGCGAGCAGCCAGCAUUCAUUCAUCUUCAUCCAAAAGGCAAAGGAGAGAGUCAGGAGGCACUGAACAACCACUGAGUCGAAACUCAUCCGGAUCUGUCUCUCUUGGGCUACCAGCAGACCCAGAGACAGCAGAGUCAGACAGUGAAUCUUGUGCAAAUGCUGAUGAGAGCAAAUCAAAAACAGUAACACCUGAUGUCAACAAAAGCACAGAGGAAGUAAUUAAUGAAGAAAGACAGAAAACAGGGUCUGCCAUGUCUCAGACAUCCAACAGUAAUGGCAAUAAAAGUAGUUUGUCUCAAAAUCCACCUGCUUUAGAUAUUCCAACUAUUAAAACACCAGGAGGUCAUGAAGAUGAAGAUGUGAAAGAACAUACAACAAACAGAGCGCCCAGUGAAGUUUCAGCUAAAAGCAAUCAUUCUGCUAAAAGCAGUAAGUCCAACAAAUCUUUAUGUAAGUGCAGUGUCAAAGCAGCUCCUCCAGUGGUUACUAGUAAACCUGUAGAGCAAGAUGGUAGCACCACUUCAAUUGAUAAAGGAAGUGUGAAGUCUGGGUCUACUGCAGCAUCGUCAGCAAAGGCUCGUGUUAGGAGCAAAUCACCUAAAAAUAGUGCAACACCGUCCAGAGAAUCAGGAACUGGUGAAUGUCAGAACCAGGCUUCCAGUACACCAACUAAUGAAGCCAAAGAGGAAGUAGAUCUCACAGACAACAAGGCGGCCAGUGUUCGCACCAAAAGCCCAUGUUGCCUCAGGCCUGAGUCAGCAGCUUCUAGGAAGAAAGAAAUCCCAGUUAAUUCCUCAAGCCCAUGUCCAGUACACAACUCCAGACCCAGCAGCAAAGUGGACACAAGUAGUGAAAGUAUUCUGUCUCACUCUUUGUCUGCAGCUGAUUUACUCAAGGACAGAAUCGCAGCUGGACGUCCAAACAGCCAACAGUCAAAAGCCAGCAAGUCCAAGAGUGAGAAGAGUGGAAAGAGUCAAAGAAACAAAAAAGAGAAGGUGCAACUGACACCCUUUUGUCUGCCCAAUGCAUCCCCCAAUGAAGUAGUCAGUGACUGGCUGAGGAGCAUUCCUACUAACAGCAGCAUGCUCGCAUUCAGUGAUGAGCUGAAUGAGGAAGAAAAGAAAUCUGGAGAAGAUGUUGGAAAGGAAGACGAGAAACCUGAACUCGAGAAAGACAAGGAGGAGGAGGAGGAUGAAGGAGAGAAAGAGAAGUCAGAUGAAUGUGAUGCAAUGGAGGAGGAGGAGAGUUCAGAGGCACCUCCAGCUAAUGCAACAGGGUCUUCUGUUCAACCAAACACUCUGCAAGGUGGUGAGACUCUGCCCAGGAGUUGGCACUCUUCAGCUGCUGUGAUGAAAGUUCUACUGGGCUCAUCAAUGGGGAGGUGUCGAAGCAUGCCUGAGGUGUCUCCAGUUUAUGGUCGCAGACUAAGUACAUCAGCCAAAGGGCUCUUGGACUGUCUAUCUCAGCUUCAGCUCAUUGAACCUACAGUAAGCUCCGGCUAUGAUGCCCAUAAGAAUCAACAACAACAGUACAGUGAUAUAAUGGCCAUCCUUCAGUCCCUGUGGCUCGCUGAACCCCGUAAUAUACAAACCAAGGAUGUUGGUACAGACCAAGUUAGUCCUCCAAGGUCUUCAUCUGGGGUUGGCAUGAGUAGUGGCUCAGGUGGAUCUGGGAAGGAGAAUGAAAAUCGGGGAGGAGAAGAAACACCCCCAAAACAGGCAGAUUCAUCACAUGAAGAUGAGGAGGCAGGGAAGGUUUUAAAGGAGGGAGGAACUGUGGGUGAGGCCGUUCAGAACAUGGAGGAAGCAAAGACUGACACACCAGAGGAGCAACAGAGUUCGGUUCCACCAAGUCUAGAUAGCCCAAAAGCAACUGAAAACCCCUCGUCAUCCGACAAGAGUUCAGCCAACGACAGCUCCAAAUCCCCCUCUGAUAAUGAGCAUGAGACUCCUGAGGAUUCCAGCUCAGACACACCCCCAACUGUCCUAAGAGCGCCGCUGACCAAACGCAUAUCCCAAGACCCUGAUCCGGUAUGGGUCAUGCAGCUGCUCAAAAAGCUUGAGAAACAGUUCAUGAAUCACUACACGAACGCUAUGGCCGAGUUUAAAGUUCGCUGGGACCUGGACGACAGCCUCAUCCUGAACACGAUGAUCUCUGAGCUGAGGGAUGAGGUAAACCGGCGCAUUCAGGCCAGCAUACAGCGUGAGAUGAAGAAGAUCCAGAGCCGAGCUGGGAAAGGGGGGAGGACACCGAGGCCACCACAAGGAGCGAACCUCUCCAGGGACUCUACAAUGACUGAAAAGCGGCGCAGACUUUUAAAGGUUAUGAAAAACCAGUCAGCAAAAACUGCAGAUUCCUUCAGCGACGAAGACAUGACAGGCGAGUUCAGCGACCAGCGCAGUGACGAUGAGUACUGCCCCUGUGAUGCCUGUGUCCGCAAAAAAAUGGCUGCUCGACCACUUAAAAAACCUGAAGUUGAAGCACCGAUAAUGAUGGAGUUUGACCUCCUCAAGAUACUUCAGCUAAAGAAAAUGCCAUGUACUCCAGCUUUGUCACAACCUACAGAGGAGGAAGGUGAAAGCACGCCCGUGGAAGAGGAGGAGGUAAGGAGUUUGGGGGUUGUGCAAGAGGAAGAGGAGGAGGAGGAAACCAAGGAGGACAUCAAACCUGAUAUAGUGUUAGAAGAACCUAUCCCAGAGGAGGAUGAAGAGAAAGAAGAGGAAGAGAAAGCAAAGGUACAAGAGGGGGGAGAAGCUGUAGAAGAAAAUGAUGAAGAGGAAGAAGGAGAGGAAGAGGUAGAAUGCCAGUGCCAGUGUGCUAGAAAUGAGGACAGCGACAAAGCAGACGAGGAGGAAGAAGCUGAGGAGAGCAGCAGCAACACAGGUGAUGAUGACGAGCGAGGAGGUGAAGAAGAGGGGGCGAAUGCAGAGGAUGAAGGAGAUACAGGAGAAGAUGAGACUGGAGAUGAUGAUGGAGAGACAGGAACAGGAGAAGAAGAUGAGAGUGACAAAGAUACUGCAAAAGAAACAAGAGGAAAUGAAGGGGAGACAUCUGAAAAUGAAGAAGGUGAUGAUGAUGAAAAGGAGGAGGAGGAAGAAAAGUCAGAAGAGGAGACAACCAAGAAGGAAAGCGGAGAAGAGGAAGAAGAAGAAGCAAAGGAGGCCUCUGGAGAGACAAAAAUGGCAGCGAAUGAAGAAUCAGCAGCGGUGGGAGGAAAUGUCAGUGCAUCAGCUGAGGCAGAAGAUGAGGAUGAAGGUGACGGGGAUGAUGACACCACAGAGGGAGAGUCACACGAAGAAGAGAAAGGAGGGGAGGCGUCAGGGGAGGAGAGAGCCUCACCACAGGAUUUAGAGGACACUCCAGCAACUGAGGGAGAGGAGGGAGAUGCCGAAGAUUCAGACACCGACAGACUUCCGAGUAACACCAGCGCAGAUGAAUCAGGACAUGAGGGUGGUGGAACCACGGGAAAUGAGGGCGACAAAGAGGGUGGAGCAGAUGGAGAUGAUGAAGAUGAGGUGGUCAAAGAUGCCGUUAAGGAAUUGAAGACGGAUACAGAUCGAAAAGAGAACGGUGCUCUCCUCCAUCAGUUCACCAAAACAUCUGUGGAGUCCCAGCCCGGCUCUUUGGAGGACGUUGACGCUGAUUCACCUCCAAACCCCGUCGACACUAUAGAAGUGCCCAAAAUGGCGUCCACUGGUGGUGCAGGCCAGAGGAGGAGCCGGUCACCAGGCAGAGUCCAGCGCCGCAAACCCAAGGAGAGCGACGUCAAACUGGACCACUCUGACAUGUAACUUUCAGAGACGAGGCGUGGUGUUCCCACAAGUCUUUUGGAGACUUCACAAGUACAUUUUUUUUAUUUAUGUCGGUUUAAAAAACUGUAACCGACACAAAAAUACACUUGAAGCACUUUAUCACUCACAAUCCAGCGUGAGAGUGACUGACGAAGUCCCAUUAUUCUAGAAACUUGAAACCAUGACAUUAUCUUAUUUUAUGAUAUAAAUUCCAUUUGCAAUGUUAAUUUGUAUAUUUGUGAAGUACACUGAAUAUAUGAAGAGAUAUGUGUAUUUCUGUACUAUAUAUGGAUGAAUAAGGUAUAUUUUUGUGACAACAAAACAACAUUUAGGUAAUAAAUGUUUAUCAUAUAGCCAUUAAAUAUACCAUUUACCUCAAAGUAAUGUUAGACUGUUUCAGUGUUGUUAGGCAGGAUGGGAAUAGCAGUCAUUGAUUUAUGUAUCCAUCAGUUUUUUGUGUUAUGGACAUGUCUCAUUAGGGGGAAUCUGGAUUCUCAGGGCUUUGGACAGUUGUGCUACUUAAAAAAAGGUCAGGGCCUAGAUAUUACUUAACUACAUAUCUAAAUCUACAACCUCUUUAGCUCAGUCUUGUAAUCUGAUCACCUUAAGUUACUUGAAAAUUGACCAUUAUAUUUAUUUGAAAUAAUCAUCUACAUUUGAAUAUUUUAUUCUUUUGGGAUUUUUGCGUUCUGUGAUGUAUAAUUUUACCUCAGAAUGUAUUUAUCUUACAAUGUGAUGUGUUCUUUCAGCAACUGGAUCUUGUGAUUACAUAGCUCAAUGUACUCUACCUGUAUGACUAAUAAUAGAAACCCUGUGAAAAGACUUGCACAACCGAGCACAAACAUGACACUGAGCGUUAACUGUGAGAACAAACACUUUUUGGUUCUUACACGCAUCCAUAUCUACGUUAAACGACCCGAGGCGACUGUCUGUUACCUGCUUGAAAGAGCUUUUCUUAGGUACAUGUUACAUGCUGUUCAUUCAAGUGAGGUUUGCAUAACCAUCUAUGUGGAACGACAGCGUGAAGCGUGUUACUGAUGCCUUACUGUAUCCAUGGAUAUUCCAGGGUGGAAGGACACAAACAGAGGGGGAAUCAUGGUUAAGUGGCUAGCUUUCAUUUCUUCUCUCUCAAAAGUCUGUUAAAGAGACCGGAAUCAAACAAACCUGCUCUUCAAACACUAGAAAAUAAACCAUCGAGGUGUAUUUUCUCUCACAAAACCAAACCAAGCUGAGUAAGCUGGACUGCAGGUGUAUGUUCACAACUGUAAACAAAGAAAAAUAUGUUUUUCUCUUAUUGCUUAGUUUGUAAAAAGCCUCCUGCUUGUGGUGAAGGGAGUGUGUGCCUAUGCUGCUGUUCAUCUGGUUGGCUGUCCGUCAGUCUGUGACAUAACCAAUAUCAUGUACCUUCAGAAAAUGAAUAUAUGAAUGUAAUAAUGUUGUAAAUAUAAUAAAUGUACCAGAUGCUGAA